AUGUCUCUCCUGCGAUACUAUCGAAAGCGAUCUCGAAUCGAGGAAUCGGAUUCUUCUGAAAGUGAAGACGAAAAACAGCCUCAAAUCUCCCAAGUUCGUUUGGUCUCUGAUCAAGAAUCCAACGACGACGAAGGCUCGUCGCAGUUCUGCGGCGACCCUAUCAACGACGAUAACGACGAAGACGGUGAGCUUAUCGACGACGAUAACGACACGGACAGCGAGCUUAUAGACGACGACGACGACGCCGAGAAUGCGAUUCAAGUAGCGGCGUCUACUUCGAGUCAUCCUACUUCUAAGAGUUCGAAUUCGAAGCGAUCGUCCCGAUUUCGAAUUGAGUGGCUGACGGGGAGAAGCUGGCUUAAGUACGAUCGUUCUACAAGGGGUAUGACGUGUAAUAUUUGCCAGAAGCACUGCUCUGGAGCUCGGCCAUUCAAGCACGAAUCAUGGCUAAAGAAGCCCUGUACGCGAUUGCGGCUUGAAAGUAUAAUUAGACACGAAGAAUGCGAGUCACAUAUCACGUGUGUGAGGUUGGAGCGUCUCGCUUCCAAGCCAAACGUUGCGUCUGCUAUCCAUCCUGUUGUUCCUGCUCAAGGAAUCGAGCAAGCAAUUGGUUGUCUCUAUUUCAUUGCUAAGCGGCGUUUGGCUCACACUACCAAUUUUGAACCGAUCCUAGAUCUGGCUUCGUGGUUGGGAGUAGAAAUUAAAAGCAAGAUUAGAGUAGCUAGAAAUGCUAUCUACACCAGUCAUAAAUCGAUACAAGAGAUGCUUUACGUCAUAUCUGAGCUCCUUGAAAAAAGAUCUCUCGACGAAUUGAAAGAUUCUGAGCAUUUUGCUUUAAUGUUUGACGAGACGACGGAUUGCACUACGCAAGAGCAGCUGGCAAUUCACGGUCGCUACAUUGAUAAUGCUACAGGAGAACUCAAAUGCACUUUCUUAAAAGUAGUGGACUUAUUGCAACCCGAAGUUGAGAGCGCUGCUGCAGGCGGGAAUAGCUGCAUUAGAGCAGGAGCAGAAACUAUUACACGUCGCAUCGAAGAGUUUAUUGAGGUUUCGGGCGUAGACCGUAGAAGACUUAGAGGAAUUGGAACAGACGGUGCAUCGACAAUGGUUGGUUGCAGAAACGGUGUAGUUGCUAGGCUAAAACGCACGGUUCCUACUGCUGUUGGAGUCCACUGUGCGGCACACCGACUGAAUCUUGCAUCAACUCAGGCAUCAAAGGCAGUGCCAUACGUCAAAGCAUUUGACAAUAUUCUUCGUCAAAUUUUUGAUUUCUUUGACAAUAGUGCCGUUAGGACGGCAGGGUUGGAAGCAAUCCAGGCGCUGCUUCAUGAAAAGGGAAAAAUGGUUGCACCUUGCGCAACAAGAUGGCUGAGCAUCGAGCGAAGUGUCAGCCGUCUUAAAGCCUGCUUUGCAUCUGUCAGCGUCAGUCUCCAGCGAGAGGCGCAGGAGAGACACGACGCUAGAGCUUUGGGCAUUAACGCAAUGAUAACAAAGCACAAGUUUAUAACGACCAUGCUCUUAAUGUGCGAUGCUUUGCCGCACGUUUCGCGCCUCUCAAAAAUAUUUCAACAUGAACACUGCGAUUAUAGCAGUAUUCCAGGAGCGCUUUUGUUGACGAAGGAGGCUCUUAAGCGACUAAAAACUGUCGACGGUAUGCAUCUUCGCCAAUUGCCGGAAUUUUUGGAGAAACUGAAGUCAUCGGGGAUCGUUAUUACACGUGACCCGAAUGACAAUGAAAUGACUUUCACAAAUAACAUCAAAACACCUUAUCUCUCCAGCCUGCUCUCUAACAUCGAAAAAAGAUUUGAAGAUCAAGGAGUAAUGACGUCCUUUACCGUCUUCAAUCCGGAUGCGUUGCCAUUGCCUGAUUCUGGAGAAGAGUUUGCCGAGUACGGCAACGGUGAAAUAGAAAAGCUCUUCACUCAUUUUCAUCCUUCUGACGUAGACGAAUUUGUUGAGGAAAGCCUUGAGGAAUGGUCAAGCUACAAGGAGCGUCUAGCGAUAAAUAGGAGAGAAUCGGCGUCAUACACUUGCAAAGAAGUUCUGGACGAUCUAUGCGGUGACUUAUCAACCAAAAGAAUGUUUCCCAAGCUUUCAUCAAUAGCAUGCAUUUGCAGAGUUAUUCCGAUGCACACAGCCAGUGUUGAGCGCACUUUCUCUCAACUAAACUUGAUAAAAACGGAUAUACGAAAUCGAAUGAGCGAAAGAACCCUGGACGCACUGCUAAGUAUUGCCGUAAACGGUCCUUCUUUGGAAAAUUUUUCCGUGAAAGAUGCUGCGAAACUGUGGGCUCUAAAGAAGAAUCGCAGACUUUCGGUAAAAUAA